AUGGGCGCGCAUGACUCGAACCUUUAUGAUGGACGGUUACAAUUUGAGCUCAGUCCUUCAUAUCUUACAACGCUAGAUAGCAACGCCAGGAAUCAAAACAUAGUCGCACGUGCUAAUUCCCUUUCUGAUCUUGACCUGAUGGGGGAGCUAAUUGACAUAUUUGGCGACAGUGCCAUGAAUCGGCUCGAAGCAGCAACGAUUGAAGGUCUCAUGGAAAAGACAAUAUCAUCAUUUCGAGACACCGACUAUUGCAACGCGCUUGUCGACAUCAUCAAGACUUAUUCAAACGUCAUUAGAUGCAGAAAGAUUGUUGCCUUUGGCGGCGGUUCGAUGGCUCAAGCUAGUACUGGCAGCUACAGGCAUAACGAAGCUGUAUUGAGGAUUCAAACUCAACAUGCAGCACUAUGGAUCAUUCGACGCACUUUAGAGUCCAUCCACAAUCAUAAUAUUGACAUUUAUCUCCAAGAUCCUGAUUACACGGAUAACGAUCUCAAAGCCGCUGCCAGAUUCAAUAUGAAGAUUCUCAAUGGCAGACCUGGCUUCCAAAAAGGAUGGCUUGAAAUCGACGAGUCAACGCUAGUUGUUAAUCUAAGCACCGGCUUCAAAUACUUCUGGCAUUUGAUUUCGGAGAUUUCAAGGUCAAUCGCUAUGCUAAGCCUUGGCGGAAUUCGAGUUGAAUCAAGUACUGGUAGUAGUGUCCAUAGAUUGGUGGUUGACUACGAAAAAAUCUCUCUCUCCAAUUCAGAUAAGGACGAAAAGGCACCUCUUGGCGGGCUUGUGCUCUACGCCCGGAAAUAG